AUGGAAUAUGCCAAGAGUGGUGUGUUGAACGAGGAAGUAAGAAGAAAAUCUGAAGGUUCGUCCUUGCAAAGACAUAUCUUGGUUACAGAAGACCGGGGGAGAGAUAAAACAAGAGGCUCGUGGAAUAGAGGUGCAAUAUUUUUCCGGCGAGGAUUUCCGGCAAGUUACAUUACUUCUGGCGGCUCCCGUUCAUCUUUCCGGCGGGACGCAGCAGAAUUACUAGUUCCGGUAAACUUCAGGAAAACUUGCUCCAGGUUCUUUCGUUCUAUAGCUGGUAUUCGUGAUAUUGGGAGGGUGAGAGGGAAGAACGAGGUAGGCAUUAAUCUAAGGGAGCUAGUGGUUGAGUUUAAGAGGGUGAAUGACAGGUUGAUGGCCACUAAGAUAGUCGUGGGAGGGUAUAUUUUGAACGUAGUUAGUGCUUACGCGCCUCAGGUGGGUUUGGGCGAGGAGGUUAAAAGACGCUUAUGGGAUGAUUUGGAUGGGUUGGUGCGGGGUAUACCGUCCACCGAGAAGCUUAUUAUAGGGUGUGAUUUUAACGGUCACAUUGGGAGGUCGCCUGGGGGAUAUGAUGAUGUGCAUGGUGGCUUCGGUUUUGGAGAUAGAAAUGGUGGAGGUACUUCGCUACUGGAGUACGUCAAAGCUUUUGAGAUGGUGAUCGCUAACUCGUAUUACCCGAAGAAGGCGGAGCACCUGAUAACUUUUCGGAGUGCGGUGGCCAAGACCCAGAUUGAUUAUCUACUUCUCCGAAAAUGUGAUAGAGGUUUAUGCACGGAUUGCAAGGUCAUCCCGAGUGAGAAUCUUACGACCCAUCAUAUGCUUUUGAUUAUGGACUUAGAGAUCACGUGGACGAGGAAGAAGAGGGCUAUGUCUGGUAUACCUAGGGUCAGGUGGGGUGCAUUGACUAAGGACAAGGCCCAGGAGUUGGGGGAGAAGUUGCUGACUAUGGGGGCCUGGAGGAGUAGCGGGGAUGCAAGUUGUAUGUGGUCUAUGACAACAAAUUGCAUUAGAGAGGCGGCGAGAGAGGUGUUAGGGGCCUCAAAGGGUUUUUCUGUUGGCCAUAAAAGGGAAUGGUGGUGGAACGAAGAGGUUCAGAGGAAAGUGGAAGCGAAGAAAGCGACAUAUUUGAAGCUAGUAAAGAGUAUCGACGAGGGGCAGAAGAGUGCUAACAGGGAGGGGUAUUAG